AUGGGUAUCGAUUUGGACAAGCACCACGUGUCGAACGGCCACCGCAAGGCGCCGCACAGCGACAACCCUUACCGCAAGCUCCUACACAAGCUUUACGCGUUCCUCGCCCGCCGAACCGACUCCAACUUCAACCAGACCGUGCUCCGCCGUCUGCGCAUGAGCCGCAUCAACGCUCCACCAAUCUCCCUCUCCAAAAUUGUCGCCGUCACUGCCAACAAGCACAACUCAGAAUCAACGGAGGGCAAGAUCCGAGCCAUUGUCGGCACCGUGACCGAUGACAACCGCCUCUAUGAGGUCCCCAAGAUGAGCAUCGUCGCUCUUCGCUUCACCGCCACUGCCCGCGCCCGCAUCGAGAAGGCCGGCGGCGAGUGCCUCACCUUCGACCAGUUGGCUCUCCGAGCACCCACUGGCUCCAACGUCAUCCUCCUCCGUGGACCCAAGAACUCCCGUGAAUCCGUCAAGCACUUCGGCUUCGGUCCUCACAAGCACAAGGCAAGUGUCCUGAGGGAAUGGGACUCGGCGAAGCCUUACGUCGAGAGCAAGGGCAGGAAAUUCGAGCGCGCUCGUGGUCGCAGACGGUCGAAGGGUUUCAAGGUUUAG